GUGGUGGAGGUUGUGUUGGACAUCUCAACUUCAAGCAAUGGCAAUGGAGAGUCCGGAGCGCCAGAAGAUCAAAGCCAUUCUUCCUCCUGCAAAGGAAUGCACACACACCUUACACUAUUGUGAGGAGAACGUAUGGCUGCUGUGCCAACACGUGCAGGACAAGUACCCGCAGGAGCUGCCCUACUGCUACGCGGUGUUCAUCUCCAACCAGAACCAGACGGUGCCGCUGUGGAGGCAGCGCGCCGGACGCACAGAGGACCGCGUCGUCAUCUGGGACUACCACGUGAUCUUCAUGUACCAGCCGGACUCUCGGUGUCUGGUGUACGACAUGGACUCUGAACUGCCGUUCCCCACCUACUUCCACAAAUACGUCACGGAGACUUUCCGCACCGACCAGAUCCUACAUCCGGAACACCACAGGUGGGUCACCGACCGGCGCGGUGGAUCACUGCUGGUGACCAGGGGAG